GCACACGACGGAAAUAUGGUAUGGCAUGGCAGAUGCACACAUAUCGCCUUGGCAACCUGUAAUUUCCCCCCUUUUUUUCUGAAUGAGUGAAUGAAUUUCCCAGUUUAAUGCACGCGUGAGACAUGAGCUCCAGGACUGAAAAAUCAGCUCAACGGAUAUAAUCAUCUGACAAGGUAUGAUCGUCAAGAUGCUGAAACUGCGAAUGCUCAACGCUAUUGCACCAGCCUACUUCUACACUGCCACAGCCGUCACCUUUGUUCUCCAUUUCUUCCUUUUCAUCCCCACUAUUUUCCAAACCCAAAAUGUUUUGUUGAGUCCCGUCAUGCUGCUCCACGUUACUAUUUUACUAUUUUUUAUGUUUAAUGCACUUGGCAAUUACUCAAUGACUAUAUGGUUCCCAGCAGAGAGUGCCAAUGAGAACAUUAUUCCAGUCUGUUCUCCAGACUGUCCAGACAGAGUGGACGCUCACUACCUCCUUAAUGGCCGUCACUUUUGCAAACUGUGUAAGAAAGUCAUUCUUAAACGGGACCACCAUUGUUUCUUCACGGGAAACUGCAUAGGGAACAGGAACAUGCGCUACUUUAUCAUGUUCAGUAUCUACACAUCCUGUACCUGCCUGUACUCGCUGGUGCUUGGGGUGGCCUAUCUCACAGUAGAGUAUGCUCUCUCCUUCGAAAACCCUUUGACCUUCCUCACACUUUUGCCCCUCUCCACAGGUUACUUCUUCCUCGGUACCGUCUCAGGCCUUCAGUUCUUUCUGGUCAUCAUGCUGUAUGUAUGGCUAGGCAUUGGUUUGGUGAGCGCUGGUUUCUGCUGCCAGCAAGUCUUACUUGUGGCCCGUGGACAAACCUGGUGCCAGCUACAGAAGGGGCAGCUAGUGGAGAGCCGGGGAACAUGGCGAUCAAAUUUGAAUGAUGUAUUUGGUUCCCGCUGGUUACUGGGCCUCUUUCUACCGGUACAGACUGUGGAGACCACUCCAGGAAACUGGCAUAGUUAUCAAGACCACAAGCAUGACUGACCAUAUUCAUUAAGUGCAUAGAAAUGAAGACUUAAUAUGAAAUCUGCUGUUUCAAGGUGAAGAGAUUCCAUUGUUGUAGUGAUUCAGUGGCAUUUCUCACUUAGAAUUAACACAUCGAUUCAUGUUCAUCAGUGUUAUUCAAAUGAAACGUUGAUUUUCUAAAAGAAGACCAUAGUUUCGAUCAACUAGAAUUAAUAAGGGAUUUAUACCUAAUCUUACAAACAACCAUCAUAACCAGCAUCUGAAGCAGCACUCACAUGAAAUUUGAUCACCCUAUUUACUGCUAAAUUUAUACAAUUUAAGUAUAUAGCAAGCUACCAUAAACCAUUGAGUAUUAAAGUAAGCAAAGCAAUUGUUUUAGACUCUUAGAUAUAUAUUUGUAUAGGAUGUGACCAUGAGAGUAAGUAUUAAUAUAGUAUGUGCACCUCAUGCAUCAAUUAGCAGUGUUAACAGCCCUUAAACAUGCUAUACCCGCCAUUUCACCCGCAACUGUGCCUUUUUAAAGUAGUAAAAACAGGUGAUAAUAUUGAUAAUAGACACUUUGCAGUGUGCAACAUUGCAGCACCCUGGGACAGAGGUUUGUGUUUGUUUUAAAUGCUCUGUUUUAUGUUUCUACACUUUUAACCUGUGAGUCAUUUGUACUCUGCCCACAUCUUGCUAUAAUCUUAGAUAAAAUUAUGGAUUGAAUGUGUUCCAGCCAUCCAUUUACAUCCUAACUGGAUCAGGUCUUCGUGGAAGAUUUAAUUUACGGUCAUUAUGUGUUCAGGAACUGGAGAACUGUUUCCGAAUCUUUAUUUCAUUUAUUUAUUGUAAAGCACAUUAUUAUAUUAACUGCUGCGAUUUUUUUCUGCACAGAACAAUGAAUAGGAACGGUACAGACUUGUGUGGAGUGAGGAGUCUGGACCUGCUAAUGAGCCCUGAAAGUGUAAUUUUAGCAACAGAAUAAUUGCAGUCUUCAUUUUUCACUUGCAGCUUCCUUCCAUUGUGCUUUUUAAAAACUGUUAUUUAUUUAUUUAUUUAACUGACUUUUCUGAUGUUUAGACUUAAUACUGCUCAUUUAAUUUUGGAAUGUCAAAGCAAUUAUCCCAGUGUUAAAAGCUAUAGUAAUAGCUAAUACUAUGGUAUUUAGUAUUAAGUUUGCCAUUUGUGUAUUUCCAUGAAAAUAGCAGUUGCAAUGUCAAUUUACUUUUUUUGCUUUUCAGAAUUUAGCAACAAAUUCAAGGGCUAUAGACAGUACUCAGUACUCCUGCUGUGAAACUUCUAUCCAAGCAAAACAGCUGAAAUUUGUUGUUUUUGAAGCAAAGGGUUUUUUUUUCUGAUUCCCAUCAAUAAAAAUCUUCUGAUUUCCAUCAGUAAAAAUCUUAGAUCUUCCAUUGGAAAAAAAACUUAGAUAAUAACAUUUACAUGUGUUUAUUCAGGCUUACAAGUUAAGUGGCCUCUUAAAGAACUGCAAUACUGCCAGAAAUUUUAGACAUCAGCAUGUCAUUACUAUUUCCCAGCAAACAGCCUGAUGUUUAGACAUAUCUAUUCCUAUAUACUGUUAUUCUUAUAUACCUUACUUAUGUCACCCACUUGAAUUUCCAGAAGAUUUAGCAGUUAGCGGAGACACGGUGGAUGAGGUUGAUCUUAAAGUUCCUAAAGCUAUAGCAAAAAAAGUUAGACAAGGAACACUAACAUCAUCUACUGGUUCAGGCACUGACAGUGUGUAGGAUGAGUGGCCACUAUGACUCCAGUCCUUUUCAACCUGAAAUAGUUAGAGAGAACUAAUCUACAUCACUUCAGAGAGCUGUCACAGAUUGUUCUUACAUGCAUCCUGUAUCUAAGCAUUUUACUGAAGUCAGGGUAAAAUUAAUCACAGCUCUUCCACAUGUCCAUUUAUAUCAACAAGCUGCUGAAUGAAUGGAAACAGCCCGGAGGCUCAGGAGUGUGAAAUAAUAACUCACAAAUAUGAGACGAGCUAUGAGAAAACUCUGUCUGCAGAACAGAAGCAGAGGCAAGUCUAUCUCAUUGGUUCAGCAUCUCACAGAAUCACCACUAUGUUCCUUCUUCUGCUUUACCUCCUGUUCCUGUUUGGUAUGUUUUGCUGCUUGAACAGAUAGGCUUGUUAGAUUACCAAGCACACAUUACUAACCUUCCUAUGUUAAAAGGACACAAUCAUUUUCAAGAUUUUUCAACAAUGAAACAAAACACUCACAGAAUUUACUUCAUUCAAGCGUGUGCCUUGGUUCUACAUGAAUGAAAUGACUAAAAGUAACACAGUUAGUUUUUGUACAUCCAGCAUGAUUUCAAAGCCCUAAAUAAAAUUAAGAAAGUGAAGCACUGAGCUCACACCUGAACUGAUACUUGAAUCUACAGCACUGAUGUUUUGAUAUUAAGUGAUACAUUACCUCUGUACUAUUCAACCACACAUAGUUUAGCUGUAUAAUCUAAUACUCUAGGUAGAAUUCCCACC